AUGGCUUCUCAACUCAAGCGCGAAGGCAAGGGCACCAAGACCGUGUUCACUUUGAACACUGGCGCAAAGCUGCCUGGUGUCGGUCUAGGAACCUGGCAGUCCGGCCCCAACCAAGUCCGCGAUGCUGUCAAGGCCGCGCUCCAGGCUGGUUACAGACACAUUGACACUGCUCUUGCCUAUGGCAAUGAGGCAGAGGUCGGCCAGGGCAUCAAAGACUCGGGCGUCCCCAGAGAGGAAAUCUGGAUCACCACCAAGCUCGACAACCCGUGGCACAAGCGCGUCAAGGAGGGCAUUGCCUCCUCGCUCAAAGAUCUCCAGGUCGACUAUGUUGAUCUGUACCUCAUGCACUGGCCUAGCUCCUCGGUUCCAGAGGACCUGAAGAAGCAUUACGAUGACUGGACGUUCAUUGAUACCUGGAACGAGAUGCAAAAGCUCGUCGAGACCGGCCAAGCCAAGAACAUUGGCGUCUCAAACUUCGUCAUCAGCAACCUCGAGAAGCUCCUCAACGCACCCACUACCAAGAUCGUCCCCGCCGUCAACCAGAUCGAGCUGCAUCCUAACAUGCCCUCACCAAAGACCAUCGAGUACUGCAAGUCCAAGGGCAUCCACUGCACCGCAUACUCAUGCCUCGGCUCGACCGACUCGCCUUUGGCUAAGGACAAGACACUGCUGAAGAUCGCCGAAGAGGUGGGCAAGACUCCCCAACAAGUACUUCUGCAAUGGGGUCUUGCGAGAGAUACCAGCGUCAUUCCCAAGUCUGUCACCGCGAGCCGCAUUCAAGGCAACUUUGACCUGGAUGGUUGGGAGUUGUCACCAGAGCAGAUCAAGGCACUGUCGAGCAUUCCUGAUCGGUUCAAGGUCUGCGGUCAUGACUGGCUGCCAGUCAAGGUCUUCUUCAAUGAGGAGGGUGAUGCACCCGCGAAUGUGCCCUCGCACUAA